GGCGGGGCCCGCCCCGGUUGGGGUGUCUCGCGCUCGGUGACAGCUCGCGCGUGCUGAUGAUGGCGGGUCACAAUCACAGAGAGAGGCAUCCCCUGAGAUAGCCAGGUUCCAGCCAAUUAAAGGCCUAGAAGAUCUGAAAGGUGGUGAUUUCUCCAGCAAAAGAAAGGAGAAGGGACAAGUCUUCAGUUUGGUCUUCAGAUUUGGGAACAAAUUCAGCUCUGUUGUAAGCAAUAAAUGGGAGUUGUGCCUGUAUCUAUUUGGCUCUGUCUCUACUGCAACAGGAAGCAGCAUGGAGAAGAAGUUGGCAUGGAUUGCUGUUGGUUUUAUUGGCCCAUCCUCUGACUGGUCAGACUUGGAACUCUUCGGUCCCUCUGGUAUUCUCCAGAUCAUAAUGGACAGUUGAGUUAGACUCCAGCUAUGGCAAAAGCAGUUCUGUGUAAUUGGUGUAUGCUCCUAGGCCUGCACUCGCAAGAAAAUGUGCGGUAUAAGGAAAAAGAGGGCUUUGAAGCUGUGCUGCUUUAUGUGAUGAAGACCUAAGUAGUAAUUAAAUUCCUGAAGAACUGCCAAGUCUCCUAUUGGCUGAAAUGGGGAUGUUCCAGGCUCUGGUCAUUGAGUUGCGAAAAAAAGAAUGUUUAAAGAUGACACAGUUAAAGCAGUGGAGACUUCUGUAAGACAUGGAUAGAUGCAAACAUGUUGGGCGGCUACGACUCGCCCAGGACCAUUCUAUCCUGAAUCCCCAGAAGUGGCACUGCAAGGAUUGCAACACCACAGAAUCUAUAUGGGCUUGUCUGAAAUGCUCCCACGUGGCCUGUGGAAGGUACAUUGAGGAACAUGCACUUAAACACUUUGAAGAGACCAAGCAUCCCUUGGCUAUGGAAGUUAAUGAUCUGUAUGUGUUUUGUUACCUUUGUGAAGACUAUGUUUUGAAUGAUAAUCCUGAGGGCGAUUUGAAAUUGUUAAGAAGCUCUCUGUCUGCUAUUAGAAGUCAGAAGCAUGAUCCAUCAGCAAGAAGUGGGAGGACAUUGCGAUCAAUGGCUUUGGGGGAGGAUGUGUAUAGCCAUCAAAGGACCCCUCAGGGACAGCCUCAGAUGCUCACUGCUCUCUGGCACAGGCGCCAAUCUUUGCUAGCAAAAGCACUGCGGACCUGGUUUGAUAAGAGUUCUAGAGGCAGGCUAAAACUAGAACAAAAGAAACAAAUGGAGGAACUGGAGAGAAAGAAGGAAGCAGCCAGGCAGAGGCGACAAGAGAUGAAACGGCGACUUUUGGAGGAACUGGCAAACACUCCUCCUAGAAAGAGUGCGAGACUUCUGUCUCAUGUUCAUAGAGAGAAUUUGAUUCCAAGGAAGUUUAGAGAGAUGGCAGCAAGUUCCCCUACCUCAAGGCGAGUGCAGAGCAGCAGAUUCAGACAGUUUUAUUCCAUCCGGCGUAAGCCCCUAAUGACUCCUGGUGUGACUGGCUUAAGGAAUCUGGGAAACACAUGCUACAUGAACUCAAUCCUUCAAGUGCUAAGUCACCUCCAAAAGUUCAGAGAAUGUUUUUUGACACUUGACCUCUGUGAAACUGAAGAACUCUUAGCCAAAACCGUGAAUGGAAAGUCUAGAAUGUCUGGCAAGUUGGCAAAUGGAUCUGCUGCUAACGAGUCAGGGAGGAAUGAUAAAAUGGGGUCAUAUGGCAGGCAAAGCUUGCCAGUUGGCUUAAACGGUGGCUCCUCAAUAAGCAGGAGUUUAGAACUAAUACAGCCCAAGGAACCGAGUUCAAAGCACAUUUCUCUCUGUCAUGAACUGCACACCCUCUUCAGAGUCAUGUGGUCUGGGAAGUGGGCAUUAGUGUCUCCAUUUGCCAUGCUGCACUCCGUGUGGAGUUUGAUUCCAGCAUUUCGAGGUUACGAUCAGCAGGACGCUCAGGAAUUUCUCUGUGAGCUGUUGGACAAAGUGCAGCAGGAGCUGGAGUCAGAAGGAACGAAGCGCAGGAUUCUCAUCCCUUUCUCACAGAGGAAGCUCACCAAGCAGGUCCUGAAGGUGGUGAACACCAUUUUUCAUGGGCAGCUGCUCAGUCAGGUCACCUGCAUAACAUGCAACUACAAAUCCAACACCAUUGAGCCCUUCUGGGAUCUUUCCCUGGAAUUCCCUGAACGCUAUCACUCUAUUGAGAAAGGGAUUGUCCCCGUUAACCAGACAGAGUGCAUGCUGACAGAAAUGUUGGCCAAGUUCACAGAAACAGAAGCUCUGGAAGGGAGGAUAUAUGCGUGUGACCAAUGCAACAGCAAACGACGGAAGUCUUCUCCUAAACCUCUUGUUCUGAGUGAAGCUAAAAAGCAGUUAAUGAUCUACAGACUACCUCAGGUCCUCCGGCUGCACCUUAAACGAUUCAGGUGGUCUGGACGUAAUCACCGUGAGAAGAUUGGGGUCCAUGUCCUCUUUGACCAGGUAUUAAACAUGGAACCUUACUGCUGCAGGGACUCUCUCUCCUCUCUUGACAAAGAGACCUUUGUCUAUGACCUCUCCGCUGUGGUGAUGCAUCAUGGUAAAGGGUUUGGCUCAGGACACUACACAGCAUAUUGCUACAACACAGAGGGAGGUUUUUGGGUCCACUGCAAUGAUUCCAAACUGAAUGUAUGUAGUGUGGAGGAGGUGUGCAAAACCCAGGCCUACAUUCUUUUUUACACUCAAAGAACAGUGCAGGGCAAAGCAGGAAUCUCAGAAACACAACUCCAAGCUCAGGUGCCGUCCAGAAACAGCGAUGAGGACAGAAGACUGACAUUCCCAUGAUGGGAAGCAUUAAUAACUCAACUGACUCUCUCAGUUUUUUAAACCAUUGGUGUUCACACAUCAUUCCUCUUUAUAGGAAUAAAGGCUUACUGCAGGAACAGAUCAAAUCCCCAUGUUUGCCACUGCAGGGUCCAGAAAAAUGUGCACCAGGCUGUGCAAUUCCAUCAUAUAAAAUUGUAGUCAGAAUCUUUUUUUUUAAUUGGUAAAACUCACUUUCCUCAAAACAGCCAUCGAUGCCUAGUAUCAUUCAUCUUAUUUCAAACAGAAAUUAAACUAAGCAUGUAAAAGUAAGUACAACCCAAUUGUUCAGCCAGAAUACAAACCUAUCAAACAACUGACUCCCUUAUUCGCUAGUAAUUAAUACUGAUUACAAAAAAAAAUCUCCAGAAAAAAGAGGUACAGUAGAAUCUCAUUUAAGCUUCAUUCCCUUGUUGUCAAUUAUAUUCUCUGGUGUGAAUCACUUACCCAAUCUCUUCCCACCUGGGUUUAUCCGAAUGACUUCAGUUUCCCCCAAAUAUCUUGAAGAGGUGGAGUUGUACUUUUCCAAAAGGCAUUCUUGCUGGAGGGCGUUCUAAGGCCCUUUGCCCUAGGCCUUACAUUAUCUGUAAGUGUUGAAAGCAUUUUGAAAACAGAUUAGUGCAGAUAGAACAACGCCAGUAGAGGAAGGGACUAGCAACGGGUCAUUUUCUUAGUAUUGACAGGGCCUAAAUAUAGCAUUGGUACACAAGUGGCAGCCUUUUUCUUGAACUGGACUGGAUGUGCUUGGAAAUUGAGUGUUCACUUCUGAUAUGGAACGUGAUCAAUGUGGUUCUGCUCUGGAGAGAGAGCAUGUAAAAGUGGAACCUUCUGACUGAUCAGAUCUGCCCCCUGUACAUGUUCAGAAUCCUGUCUGCAGACACUAGCAGCAAAAAUAAGUGUGAGUCAUUUUUUACUCCUGAUAGCAGUAAAGUGCCAACACAGCUAUAGGGGAGUGGGCUGGAUUUUGUUUCUUUUUGUGCAUAAACAGAAUUGCUUACUAAAUUCCAAUCUGUUACACUUAUGCAAGUUUGAAGACAGUGAGGUUGCAUAGACAUUAUGGAGGGUAGAAUUUGGCCAGCCACAUCUUUAUUUCAAGUGGUAGCUUAGCUCUCAAAUCCCAGUUUGAGUUUGCAGAACUGCAGACUUGUAAAAAUAUCUUUAUACUUGCAAUCUGAGCUUGAUCUAGAAAUCACUGAAACACAGCAACCAUGGGACCUCAUGGUACCAUUUUUAGUCCCUUUUCUCAGUAGAACCACACUUCAAACAUUUAUUUAGUUUGAGGAUUGUGCUGUCCAUGUUCAAUUUUAGAGAUCAGACUUGAGACUUUGAAAGAGGUUCUCUUGUUCCCUGUGCAGUCAGUCUUGUUUGGUGGAGAUGGCUAAGGUGGAAACAAUUUAAAAAUCCAGUGUUCCUGUGGGACGUUUUAAACCUCAGAAAUUUAAACUUAGAAUCCAGGUAAAAAGUCCUGAAAUUAUUGGUUUUCCUUCUUUCCCUAUUUCCUUUUAUUCUUCUCAGCAUUUGCCCAUCAUACAUAAACUAAUUGGCAGAGCCAGCCCAUCCUGUUGUUCUAGAGGGUGGGAUAAAUUUCCUGAAGUAAUACCCUCUUGCCAUUGCCGCUAUCGUGACAAUUAACCUCCUGUCUUAAUGGCAAAACAGACUCUCUUCUCAGGUUGUUGUUAAUCACUCCAACUAUCCAGAAGGGAGGGAGGGAGCAGUAUGGCAGGGCAGGCAACCAACCAACUCCUUUCCUGUCUCCAGAGCAAAGACUGAGUGUGUCACCUCAAGGAGACACUGGUCUUCAUUGUCCUGGGGAGUGGGAGUUGCUCAGGAAUCCAUGUUUCCUGUAUGUCUGAGCAACGUAUUGCUUUGGAGACUACAAAAAUUGCCUGGUUUUGUUUUGCUAGUAACUGUAAUUUCAGAAUUCUACAGUUUUACUCACUGGAGGCAAAGCAAUCUGAGGCAGUCCCAUAAGUGCUAAUGAAAUUGUUUGGGUUUUUUUUAAAGCCUUAUCUAUAACUAGGCUUGGAAGGAUUUGAUUUUUAUUUCUUAUGAAUUCUGACAGGUAUUUAUUUCCUACGUGUAUGUAAUGAUUUUUUGGGGGGCAAUUCAAGGAAAUAAAAAGAAACCCCAUAGAUAGUAACUCUUCAAAAUGUAAUGGGCCAAAUUAAGACAGAAUGUAAGCAGAUUCAACUCCACUGAAUUCACUGCAGUCCAAAUGUGGCCCAGGGAAUGUAAAAGUUGAGCUUUGAAACAAAAUCAUGCAGUUGUGAUUAUGAAAUAUUUAUAAGCAUGAUUGGUUCUUUGCUAAUACAAAAAGUACAUACUUAUUAGUCCAAACGAUAUGAUCUUUUCCAAAGCACUGCUUAUCCUUCCAAGCCUAUCAAUACUUUUAAGAUGAAAUUGGAUCCGUUAUUUAACAGAAAGUAGAUUAUUUGCUUUUAAACUGCAGAUUCACAGUUUACCAUGACAGAUGACCAUAAUGGCAAAUUUAUGUUCUGAAGACUCGUGCCAUGGUAACCCUGUUAUAAAAAAGUCUGUGAUAUAAAGGCAAACCACAAUGCAGCAUUACAAUUGUUACUGCAGUGAGCCUAGACUUAUCACUAUGAAUGCUCAUCUUUUGACUGAGUGUGUUGCAUUAAUAUUUGAAUUCAGGUAGUAAUACAGUUGUCACUUGAAUUGAGUAGGUUACAGAGAGGGAAGGGAGGCUGGAAGGAGGAUGUACAUUUAGCCAUCAAUGUAUCAGCUUUCCCAAGCAGAUUUGUAGCAUUUGCUGUUGACAUCUUUUGAGAUUAGUGGCCUCUCCAUAUGACAUUAACCCAGUAGUGCUGAGAUGUAGUGAAAUUGCAGUCAGGAAAAAUGACUUACCCUGGUAGGGAAGGAAAUAAUUAUACUUUAAAUUAAACUUGCUUUUUCCAACACUGUGAGGUUUCUGUAAUAUUUAGCUUUUAUUUGGAAGCGAUAGCGUAUAGCAUUUUUUAUGCUGUUUGGUUUAGAUUUGUCUACUGCAGGCUUCUUCAUAUAAGCAUCGCCCAGUGCUCCUGCUGCGCUGUACACUGUUUUAUAGUGUCCUGGUUGCCAGAAAUUCUGAUUGGAAGUUACGUGUCUAGGUCAAUAAGAUGAAGAUGUUAUUUGCAAUUACAGUGAAGUCCACUUAAGUGAAAGCUUGACAAAAGUGUAACCUAUAAAAUAAACUUUGACCCUCCUUAAUUCUGUGAGUCAAAUUAUGCUCGGACACUGGCAUAUAUUUAGAGUAGCUCAGCUGAAGUCAAUUGAAUUACUCCCGAUUUAGGUCCCUAUCCUGCAAACACAUAACACAUGGGAGCUACCUGAAUCAUGCAAGUAGUUCUAUUUACUUUAAUAAGACUAUUCAUGUGCGUAGUUGUGUACAUGCUAAGUGUUGGCAGAAUCAGCUCCUUAAAUCGGUGCAAUUAAGAGCAGAAUUUGGUCCUGUAUGUGUAGCUAAAAUUCUUCAAUUUAAAAAAGAAAAAAUGGUUGGAGCAGGCUAAUAUCUCAAUUCUUUUUUAAUGACUGGAUGAAUAAGAAAUUAUGCCUGCUCGGUACCAGUUUAUUAGCUUGAUGGAAACCCUUUGCAAAAGGUCGCUGCUGCAUAUGCAAAAACAAGGAUGUCGAUGGCCAAAUUUGUGGGGCUCUGGAGCGGCAACUAAUGCUAGCCUUAAACCUUAGAGUGCUACAGUAGAUGAAAAAUAAUUGUCACCAUUUUUUCUGUCCUACCUUUGCUCCUGUGGCUUUCUAGGAGCCCAAUCCUGUCAGGUGAAUAGAGCCUCCUGAGAGGCUUGUUGUGCUGAGCAACAACCAAAGCUAAUGGGAAUUGAACGUGAUUGGUACUUUACAGGAUAGGGCUCUAGAAGCAUAGGAAGCUGCUGUAAAUUAAUGAAUUACUUAUACUCGUAGGUAUGUGCAACCUGAAAUAUGGAGGCACCACCAGCACCUCUUUAAUAUAUUUAAAUCUUAAGUAAACCCGCUUUAUUUCACUUAGUUUUUUAAAUAUGAAAAUCUUAAAAUUUACAACUUCAUGGUCAGGUUAAGUCCCAAGGUCUGCUAAGGUAGUUGGAAAACAUUGUUUUAGGCUAACUUCACCACUAGCAAGUUAAUUAAAACUACUUCCCGAUACAUUACUCUCUUACUGCCUGCACUGCCAAGUUAAACUAUGCACUGGACGAAGAGGAGUUUGAAUGCAAAAUAUUGAAAGCUGACAAAAUUUUUUGUAGUCUACUGACUACAUGAACUCUAGUUUGAUAACUUCAAACAUUGUCACAGGUGAGGCAGUAGAUGGAAUAAUGCAUAUUAAACAGUCUGGGACUGAGCUGUCAUAUUGGAAUUGUUCCUUCUGGGUGACAGUACCACCUCCACACAAUUAAGAACUUCCAGACAUCUUUAGUGUAGAAAUAAAAUUGGAAAUGGUAAAAAUGUUAAAUGUGUCCUAUGGACUCAUAAGCAGAGAUUAUUUUUGUUUUUAAAAGCCAAGGCUUCUAGUAUAAAUAGUCUCUCUGCCAUACAGCUCUGGCAGAAUAUGCUUAGUUACCUCCCAGUGAGAGAGACAAGCAAGUGGGUGUUGGCUGCCAUCAAAAUACCCCAACAUAAAAUGGGAGAGGUCGACAGUAUUACAGAAUGAAAAAUUAAAAAAAAAAAGGGGGGGUGGAAUGGGAGACUGGGAAAUGGGUUAGUUUUACCUACUGAUAAAGCUUUGUGAACUAAUUUUUAUAUGAUUCAUUAAAUUUGGUGCCUUGUAUCCAAUUACAUUUUGCAUGGGACCGAAAAGCUGGGAGUUUUAAGAGAAUUUCCCCUCUCAUCAUUCAAGUGGCAGACAAAUCUGUAUGUUUUUUACAAGUACUUUUCAGUAUCAUUGACAUUUUUACAUUUCAUAUCUGUAUGUGAAUGAAAAAAAAAACGGUUCUUACCAGCAAGUUCAGAACUUGGUGUAUUUUGGUGUACAUGUCUGAAAUCUCUGUGUUUGUAAUAACUCAAAUGACUACUUGUUCAAAGGCAGAACAUGUUUGUUUUCUUAAUUUUCUUUCUAUGUUACUCAGGCCACUUCCAAUCAGGUCAGUAAGGUUACUCCUCUCAAAACAAGAACCUUAUUUAUAAGACCUGUGUUAUACAAGGGAUAAAAACUCCACUUGUAGCAUUUUGGUAGAGUAGUAGGAGUUUUGGAAAGGCCUUUCUGAUUAAACAUAUUGACUGAUAAUUGGAGACUUAAGAAGGGGGCUGGGAGGGUGGGGGGCAAGAUAGUUACCUUUGCCAUGGUACUAUUUGCACAGAUUUACAGUUAGCGGUGUAGCAAACAAUCCCACAAUACUGCAGUUUCAUAUGCAAGAUGCACAAUUGUUUAAGGUUGCUGAAUAUCUCUACUUGAACAGUAGAUGGUAAAACCCAAUGCCUGCUCUGAAUGCUGCCUUCUUUUGUGACUAAUCUCUGCCCCUGGUUUGAGAUUAGGCAGGGAAGAAGGAGUUGAGUAGGAAUUUCUUGCCUGUGGGAAUAUAAAACCUAAACUUGGAGGGUUUUUGGUUUCUAUUACAUUGAUAUCCAUUUAUUUACAAGUGGGAAUGUGAGGCAUUCUUGUAAGUUUUUAAAUUUGUAAAACCACAGCAGUUUUCAUGAUCAAAAACUGCAUAUAUUAGUUACCUGUACCAAUUUGUAAUUAGUUGUCUUAGUUAAUUUUAGGGUAUGGCUUGGGCCAUCUCUUCCAUUGUGCUUAUUUUAUUUUGUGUGUCUGUAUGAGUUCCAGUUGUCCUAAGAAAAAUUUGUAUGGUUGGCCAAAAUGCUUUCAAAAGGAAUUUUUAAACUGGAACAAGUCAUCUUAAAAAUGUUUUCAACUUACAUUUCCAAAAGGAGAAAAAAAAUGACCAGCCCAUUGGGCCCAAGACUGACUUUAACCACUGUUAACUAUUUAUUGUUUGAAGCUUGUGCAUGAUACAGAAUGCAUUGUAGUUAUAGGGCACUGUCUGAACAGCCCUUUUAUUGAAUUCUGUUCAGGUUGGAGUUUGGGAAAGGGAAGGAGUUAAAAAAACAACCCAUUGACAAAGCUGAAGUGACCACUGUGAAACGUUUUGAUUAUAUGUAGAUAAGGGGCAGGAAGAGUUUAAUGACAAGGGGAUCAAGCAGUGAAUGCUUUUUUUGUGGGUGGGUGGUGGUGACAGCCACGAUGGGCGUAAAAUCCAAGCAUGGAAUCUGAUCAGCAGCAAAAUCCUAACCCUUGAGGGCCUGCCACUUACUUUUUUGUAGAAUGAAUGGUUGUGAAUUUAAUGGAAAACUGUUCCUUCUCAGAAACUAUCCACUCACUUCUCUGGAGAUUUAAAGAAAAAUAUAAAGGAAGUCACCUGCUUAAACCCCACAAUGGUUAACUGUGUAAACAUGUUGUGAAUACUUGGAGGUAGGAAAGGAAUGGAUAGACACAAUUAAAAGCUUGUACUUGGAUUUAAUAUUCAAAAAUCAUGGUUAUGCAUUUCAGGGUAAAAAACUAUUGCCUUAGAUAAGAGGGAGGAACUGAAUUCUUUUCGUGUUAAAACUAAACUCUGUAGAGAACUUUCUGAUGCUGGCUUUUUGCUUGACGAGCAGAAAACAUCUAGGGCCUGGGAUGGAACAGCAUUUAGUGCACUUAUAAUUAGAGACUCAGUCUAGGAGCUUGUCUACAUGGUGGGGUAAUACAUGCUCUGGGAGUGUAUUUUUCUGAAGUCUACUGUGUAUUGCACAUUAAUGGGCCUGAUCUGCACACAUUUUGUAUCACUAUAACCUUUGAUUAGGGUUGUGUAGUUUGGUUGCUUAGUUAUUUGGUUUUUUGUUUUUUUUUUUUUUUAAAGUGAUGCGACUUCCUAUCUGUGGCUGGUGGUGGUGCUUAUACCGGUAUGGCUUAUUCCCUUUCUCAUUUGUGGAAUAAGCUGCAGUGGUAUACGUAUAUAUCAGUAUAACAGCAGCCACACUAGAGAGGAGGGGGGAAUUGUACCACUUUAGCUAUACCGCUACAGUUAAACUACUACAACUCUUGUGUGUAGACAAGGCCUAAAGAAUGUAUCUUAUCAAAAGGGACAAGCUAGAGCCUUAGGUGAAUCACUUUUGCUGCACUCUAGUCUAGAAUCUGCCCCUUAACUUAAACAGUUGCCUAGAUACAACUUGGCACCUUUCUGAUUGGAUAAGUAAUGUUGCCUUAAGUCUGUCUAACUCAGUACUGCUGGUCUGGCAAGGCUACAACUGUAUACACUCUUGCCUAAUCUUCUUAGAAAGCCCUUACCACUUGACAGUACCAUUCAGCCCAGCAAUUAAAGUUCACAUAGGUACAGAUUUCCUCCGGCCUCAAAUAAACCACACAAAAAUGUGUGAAAACUCAACUUUGCUUAAGUGUUUGAGGGGCAGUCAAAAGUGACCUUGAUGCUGGCACCAUGAGGAGCCCAAGGUGUGACGUAGAACUGACCCAUUUUAACUUAGCUUUAAAUAAGCAUUUACAAAUUCCGGGGGAAACACUUACUCAGUGCCAUAACUAUUAGUGUCCAUUAAAGAGGGAGUUCAUAUGAGAGGAAAAACAAGUUACAAAAGUUAGUUGUUUGCCCAAAAUAAAGUCCCACUUAAUGUUUUUCCAAUAGUCUUCCCCUUCUUCAUGUUUUAAAAUCUGAUUUAAACAAAUGUUCACAUAACAGCUAAACUCAGUUUACAAUUUCUGAUUGUGGAUUUCCAAGCUUCUUUAUGGAAUAGUGAUUAAGGUUAGGAUUUUGAAGAGCCCUUGGAUUGGCCUAAUUCUUCUCCCAUUAAAUCAAUAGGAAUUACACUAUUGACUUCAAUAGAAGCAGUUAGACCAGGGCCAAGUACUUUUGAAAAUCCCAUUAUAAAGUAACACUUUGCUGACUGUUCCCACAGCCAAGUGCUUGGUGAUCCUUGGAAGGCUGCUGUCCUUUGCAAAGGCUGGAAAGAACAGAGUUUUCUUUUAACACUAAACAUUCUCUUGAAAGCGGAAAUGAAGGAUGGCUGUUUCUUUUGCUUUUUAGAGUGAGAAACCCAAAGUGUGAAGGGGGGCGGGGGAGAGAGAAAAACUUGGCCAGGUUGUUGGCUUUUCAGUGACUUUUGUGAGGGCUUUAAGUCAAAGCUAUGUGUAGCUGUACUACAGGCUUCUGCUACCUGAUUAAUAAUUACAUAUGCUGAUACACACCAUGCUCUGGUAAUUAACAAAGCUGUCUUAGCUGCAAGGACUUUAAUAAGUGAUAGCUGAGAAUCCGACUAUUUCUGAUAGCACGGACCAGCUGUCAGGCCAGCUCAGUGCACAGAUGUAUUGGUGAAGGACAGCUCCUAAUCUUACGUAAGUUAAACGAGCUCUAUUUCAGUCAAAGGCCUGUGAAGACAACAUCCAGUAACUCAACAUGACAGAAUUAUGCACCUAGAACUGCAUAACCUGGCCCCUGUUUGAACCCAAGUCCUAAGAAGAAGUUAGGGUGUUAAGUCAAAAACCUUUAGGAAUCAAAUUUAAAUCUAUCUAUUCAAUGUUCUUCGUAGGCCCCUUUUUAUUUUGCAGGAAGAGGAUGUGUCUCCAGUUUAGUGAGCUUUAAGUUCACAAUGACAAUACUACUUCUGAAAAUUUAGGCAGAAAUUAUUUCCAAUUAACUUACUUGAUAAAGCUGAAAUUGACUUAUCCUCCAUCUGCUCUUAAGGGCCCGCACCAAAAAAACCAAACAGAACCCUAAAUCUGUAAGCAGUGCUAUGUAGGACUCCUUUGAACACAGAGUAAUAGAUGAACUCAUGCAUAAAAUUCCAAAGGAUCUGAAGCCAUGCUGCAGUGGUGCUGCAAAAUGCUCAGGGCUGGAACGUGUGCUACUGUUUGUGUAGCUGUAGCACAACAAUGCUAGAAAGUAGUGGUGCUUCUGAGCCUGUCCUCCAUAUCGUCACUUUCACCUCCCAUGGAAUAGCCUUGCCACUAUCAGCUGGAUUCCAACAACUUAAUGGUGGCAACUAGCAGAACCAGUCCAAGGCACUAAAAUGCUAUGCAACACCAAACAGCUUCUUCCCCAAGUAUAACAUACAAUCAUAAUUCCUCUAAGAUAAAAGAAAUGCACCAGCUUUAUCCUGUCUGAACAUUUAUCCGUGUACAUUUAUGGUGGUUAGAGUUUACCUAGGGCUUUUAAAAAAUUGUUUUCUCUUUGAAUAAAUAGCUGACAAGUCCUGCUUACAACACAGGAUUAGGACUUGUUCCUUUCUCUCUUGGGUGUGAUAUAUGAAUCAUGUUUUUAUGAUUUUUGUAAAUCUUUACUCUUUUUUACACCUUGUUUUGUAAGCUGAAGUUUCCUAUUAAAAGAAUAAAAUUCCA